AUGCUGAAAAGCAGCCUCAAUUUGAUGGUACGAAAUGGUGUUCGUACCCCUCUUGCAAGAUCUAGAAAUGUUCAAAUGAGUGCGAUGAGAUGCCUCUCACUGAAGCCUAACUUUGAAAAAUUGAAGCUCACACCACCACCACCUGGAGGCGUAGAGGGGAACGUGAAUGACCCUUUGAAAAAACCCGAAAUUGACUUUUUCCACGGUUCUUACCACUGGGACUAUGAAAGAAUCACGGCCGUAGCUCUACUACCUCUCACAACGAUCCCCAUAUAUCUGGCAAUUAGUGGUAGUGGUCUGCACCCUAUGUUGGACACUGCUCUAUGCUGUACGCUGCUGAUUCACGCCCAGCUGGGUUUGACCAGCUGUAUCGUCGAUUACAUCCCGAAACGAAGAUUUGGCGUCUGGCAUCAGGUUGCAAUGCUCUCACUGUACGCGGGUACAGCUUUGGGUCUCUAUGGUGUUUAUGAGCUAGAGACCAAAAACAACGGAUUGGUGGACCUCGUCUGUAAGCUUUGGAAAGAUGAGGAAGAAGAAUUGACAAUUUAUUCUAGAUUUUGA